AUGAGCGAGAGCCUGUCGCUCGCGGACGCGCCGGCGCUGCGGUUCCGGCAGCUCCACCAGGACCUGCUGGCCUUCGCGGGACAGAGCAUGACGGACGACGACGCGCCGCAGUUCAUGGCGCAGCUGGUGGCGGCGGCGCCCGAGCUGCUGAAGCCGCUGACGCUCGCACCGCCCAGCGCCACGGAGCGCGCGGCCCUGCAGGCCAACACGGUGACCGUGGCCGGCAAGCACGUCGACGUGUCGCCGCUCAUCCAGCAGGAGAUUUGCAAGCUUAGCGACGAGUUUCGCGCCAGCGAGCAGACUUGCUUCGAGUUCUGGCUGCUGGCCAGCGAGCAGCAGCAGCGCGAGUGGGUGGAGCGCGCCGACCAGCUGCCGCCUGCCACCAUCGCCGACUCGGUGCAGAGCGCGGCGCGCUACUUCCUCACGUCCGAGACGGAGUACAAGCUGCACCUGCUCAAGGAGCUGCUGCGCCUCCGGCUCGAGACGCGGCUGGACAAGCAACGCGCGCAGUUCAUCGUGACGUUCACGAACAAGCUGCUGACAGAGGAGCUGCUGGCCAAUCUCGUGGCGGCUUUUGAUGGAGAGCUUACCCAGCUAGCACAGGUGCCCAGGAUGGAGCAGAGCGUGAGCUACUGGCACACGCUUGUGGCGGACUGCCUGGUGUUCAUUGUGUCGAGCACCUUGACGCUGGCCCACGAAGUACAGAAGCUCGCAGAGCUGUUAAAGUCGCUGUGCGGGCGGCUAAAAAAUGUGGUGGCGAAGGUGUCGCCGCACAUUGUGAACCUGUCGUCGUUCUCGCAGCUGUUCGAAGGCGGAUCACUCGCUGGAACGUCGCCCGAGGGAGCAGUGAGACAGGUGUCUUGCAUGCUGCAGACAAUUACUGCGGUUCAGGUGGCGCUGUUCGUCGUGUUGCUGCAGAAAACGAGAAAAAUGGAUCGCGAGACAGGUGAUAUGGAGGUUGGAACCGCGCUUUGCCGACGGGAGCACGCCUCUGUGGUGAAGGAGCUCCACCGCAUUUUUUUCGAGGAGGAGUGGGAGCAAAAGAGUUUUCAGAGUGUUGCGAUGCUCGCAUGGGCCGGUUUUCUUGCUGGCAACGGAGAUGGCAACGAUAACAGCAAUGUCACUUUCGCGGAGGCGGACGAAUCGACUCGCGUGGUCAAAAAGGCUAUUGAGAACCGCGUCUUUCACACGCUGGUCGAGGUGCAGCUUAAAUAUCUGCCGGACCGGAAGCGCGACCUGCGGCUGUACAACAUUUACGAACGUAACUUCGAGCUGCUGUUCUGUACUUAUUCGUCCAAGAUGAUGAUCGAUGUGCCAACCGUCGCUGACAAGGCCGCCAUCGCUGCGAUGCAAUCAGAAAGUGAUGGCGAAGUGGCAGUCUGGACUGGAGAUUGUCUCGAAAAUAUUAUUGAGUUUGCAACGUCGCUAUGCGCCCGCAACGCGGCGUUCUGUUGCUCAUUUUGGCGUGGCACCAACGAGGAGUAUGACUUUCACGGCAGCAAUGGCAGUAGUACCGGAAGCAACGCGGGGGAUGAUCUCCAACAACCUGAAACGAUGUCUAGCAGCGUUGAUGGUGGCAGCUGUCACGACUUUUUGAUCGCAUGCCGCGACGCAGCUUUCAAAAACCCUGGGUGCCUGGCUGCUUACAUGCGUCUAGUGGCAGCUGCUGCCAGCGGACCAGAGUGCGCCCAGCAGGCCUUCCACCACAUCAAGCAGAACCCCCAGCAGCUUAGUUGGGAUCAAUUCUUUGCCGUGAUGGCGAAGUACCAGCGACUUCUUACGGAUGCUGAGAAGCCUGUUGGAUACUCCCCGCUCAUGCCUGGUGGCGUCGCGCAAGGGGUUGGUAUCGAUGGCAGCACUUUCAACAAUGUGAGCAGCGCAGCUAAUCCUGGCCCCCGAUUUAUCCGUCCGAAGGAGUUGGAGGCUCUCGAGACGAUCCAGAAACUUAUCCAGGAAGUGAUUUCGGACCCCCAGCUGGCCCUGAUUUUCUUUCACAAUCAUGAUUGGUCCCCGAUCCCGACUUUUGUGGCUUUCCUACAGUGUCGUAUCCCAAGCUCGCUGAAGGGUGCUCUUAUGAAGACACUGGCAGUAUUCGCGCGGGUUCCGGAUAUUGCGCCAUUUGUGUGGCGUCAAGUGGAUGCGCUGCAGAUUUUACGUACUACAGGAGACACGUUGGUCUACGGCAAUCAGGAUAUCAGUUACGAACUUGAGCACUACGAAUCAUUGAGUAGAACGUACCCAGCAACACGUGGAUUCGUCACGCUGCUCUAUGAACUGUUUGAGAACCCACACGCCUGGAAAUCGUUCGAGGGUGAUGGUCGUGUUGCGGCUAUCCAGUUCUACUUCGAGUUCUUGUUGGAGCACAUUUUCUUGAAGUUUGACCUGCGGAAGUACGAGCGGGAGGAAGAAAAGUGGGCGCUUGUGAAUGGCACGCUUGCCAUUUUCAAGAAGAUUCUUCGGAAUGCGGAUACUUCGACCACGGAGGGUAGUUUGUCCUAUCAACUGCUGGCUCGGUUCUUGUCAAGCAACCCACUGUUGACAAAAGUGCUGUCUAUUAUCUCUGGAGACGGAGGCGUUGAGAAUCUGGAGAGUACGUCGACGGACAUGCACCUGGAACACUCAUUCUUUUACUGCCUGGACAUUGUUAAACGCGAGACGGAAGCCAAACACGGCUCACUGAACUUCGUCAUUGACGUGUCGAAAAAACCUAGUGAAACGUAUCUCACUAAAACUACGGCGGUUGCUGCCCUGCGUGAGCGGUGUGUGCAGCACGCACUCGAGAUCGUGGUUUUGGUGUUGGAGAAAGACGUCCAAUUCGUGAAUAUUGACCUUAACCGCCAGCUUUCCCACCGCUUGCAAGUCGAGAUGAUGCACACGAUUCUGUGUCGCCACCGCUCUGAUUUCGUGAACAUUGUGAAGUAUAUCAAGUAUUCAAAGUCGGCGCACAUCCCGCACCUUUCUGCAGUUAUUUUGCGACUGAUUAGCGGGCGCAUGAGCGGGACCGAUCUUGUAGACCUGCUUAUUGACAGCGGGGCGAGCGCAGACAUAAUGAUUGGCUACAUGAACCGUUUGCUGAACGUGUAUGAUGACGACGAGAAUGAGCAAGGAGAUAACGAGACUGAAGCUAGCGAUGAUCAUGACGAGGCCGGAUCGGACUCUCCCAGGAGGAGAAAAUGCCAGGACAGCCGGAUGCUCUCGUCCCCGUUUGAAUUGUUUGCUCAAGAUACAUCUCCACCCUCUAUUCGAGCCGCCAUCCUUGAUUUGCUGCUCGAAAAUUUGAGCAAGCCGGCGCCUAAUUUGGCGCAUUUGCUGCUCGGCAAUGUUAAUCAGCAUGGUGAUUCGAAGACCGCCGCUGCCCCAACUUCGUACAUGAAGACUGGUCUUGCUGCAGUGAUUACCCUUGUGUCGAACGCGGACUUUGGCUUGGAGACGCCAGAAUUAGCUGAACGUUGCUACCACGUUCUUCACUGCCUGAUCACCCAGGAAUUCUCAUCGCCGAACACUAUUGCGGCGCUUGAGAGUGUUCCGAGCGACUACUUUGCUUCUCAGAUCCAGUUGUUCAGCCGCGUCUACCAUGUGUCGAGGAGAAGGACUGCUGCUACAACCAUCGCCGAGCUGAACAUGCGUGGGUGGUUCUUCAAAACACUGGCGGUGUACUUGCAUGUAGGGCUGCACAAGGAACCCCCGCACAUGAAGCAGAUUAACAAGCUGAUGGGAUACUUGCUAUCCAUCUCUGUGGGCUACCGAAAUGAGCACCAUGCUAUCGCAAGGCAAGAGCAGAUGCUGCUGUUGCAGCUACUCGAUGAAUGCUCAUUCCACAUUUCACCACCACCGGUGCCAACGAACCAGCAGGUGUUGGCUUUGGCUGAGCAGGUGACCGUGGCAGUAGAACAGGGAUACUACAAGUGGCUCAAAAUCGAUAUUGAGCGAUUCUGCCAGGCUCUUCAGACGCUCGACUUGACGGCAACUGAGGACGGAAUGGGUGACUACUACUCUUCAUCGGCCAAGAGGUUCCGUGUAAACGGAGACGGCGCAAGCAGUACCAGCAGCCAGAACAGUGCUGAAGCAGCAGCCGAAAGGUUCAUCCAGUGGGCUGUGCAGUGGAACAUUUAUUCGGAGCGAAUCGCUGCUGAGAGUCACGCGUUGAACUCGCUGCGGGAGCUUAUGGAGGUGAUUGUGCUGGACUACCUAGCGCUUCCUCGUGAACAAGAAGGACUCGAAACGCCGGCUAUGUGGCAGGGACUUGAUUCUGUUGCAUCCGCGGAAGUACGACUCGAGCUGAUGAGCGGUAUUGUCGCAGCUGUGCUGAGCAAACUGACCGAGAAGGCUAGUGCCUCGGCUCAGUUGUUUGAAAUUGUGUCGCGGAUUGCACUGAUGCUCUUCUCACAGCUCAGCUACACUGAUGAUGCAAGCCAGCCCCUUGUGCUGCCGGAGAGCCGUCAUCGCCAGAACUUGGGCUUCCUCGAGCUACUGUUCCGUUCCAUCUACAGCAGCGCUGCGGCAACAGGAAACCCGUCAGCGGCGCGCAACUCCCGCACCCUGCUGUACUCAUGCAUUGUCCAUGUGCUGCAUGUGCUGCCCAGUCGUACUUCACAGGACUCAGCCUCGGCGAAAUUCGGUUUGUCUGGCUCUGCACUCAGUCAGGAACAGCGUGUUCGGCAUCUUCUCACUAACCAGGUUGUUGAUCUGGUAUGCCGGGACGCAAGCGAUGGCGAAGACACUUUGGGUAUGGCACUGGCGGUGUCUGCGCUCGAGUCUCUGGUUGCAUUUGAAGACCACUCGUCGCUUGUAUCAACUUUCCGCGAACGUGGCUACCUGCUGCACUUCAUUGACAUCUUCAAGAAGCUGAGCGAGAUGGAUGCAGCGGCAUUUGAACGCGGCAAUGGGAAUGCAACUAUGGUGAAAAGCAGCGUGCUUCCACCCGGAAUGGAUUCUACGACCAUUGGCACAAUGUAUGAGUGCUUUUUGUCGCUUUUCGCCCGAGUUGCUGAGACGCAGGACGGAGCGGUUGCAUUGCUAGAAGGUGGGCUGGUCCGUGUGCUUUCCGAUGCGCGCAACCUGCCCACACACCGACCACAGUAUUUUGUUCAGCAAAACAACGCACCGUCCUCUCUCGCAUCUGUGGCAGCAUUCCAGCGUGUCGAGGCUGUGUAUUACCGCAAGUGGCUUCCGGUGGCUCGACUGUUGAGCGCAUGCUGCGCUGCACUUCCCAAGAACCGCGCACUUACGAGCCAAGUUCUGUAUUUCGUGAACAAGAAUCGGAAGCUUUUCACGUCAGCAUUGAAGCUAUGUGCUGGUGGUCAGCAGUCACAGCCUACCUCAGUGAACCUGCUGCGCGAGUUGUCCUACGUGACGUUCGUCUUCCGCUACGUCAUCCAGUUCCCUGACCUGUGCGAGCAAACGCUGGCAACCGCUAAGUGGGAGAAGAUCUCGCAGUUGAUUCUUCAGGUCUUCCUGUACUAUAGCGCGGAGUUGGUGCCUCCCAGCGACGAUAUCGAUGGGAUGAGCGACAAUAACGGAGCUUCAUGGUGGAGCAAUAACCCGACGGAGGAGCAGCGUAACGCGACUAUCCAGCGGUUUUCGUGUGUGGAUUGUGAAGAUAAAAUCUUGGAAAAGUGUGACGCUGCGGCGGUGAAGUCCAGUGGCAGUGCAAGCUUGCUGCACAUGUCCCUCCUUGAUGAGGAGAAACUAUACGCCUCUCGUAUGAUUCUGUGUAAUGCGGUGGCUUUCUGCGCAAGCCGUAUGACGCUUGCGGUUGGUGGGAGCAAGGAAGGCCGUGCCGCUCCACUGUUGUCCAUCACGAACAAGGCCCAACAACAGAACAGGAACCAGUUCCCGUCCAUGUCAUCGGUGGACCCGCGCGCAUUUGCAGCAGCCACUGAUCCGUUGUGGACGCUUGCGCCGUCGAUCAACGAGUUUACUGCGCGUUUCGAUUCGACAGUCUUCGCUCUCGAGACGAGCAAGCAGCUUGUGGACGCACUUGCAGCUGUCAAAAAUGAAUCUGACUCGGCUCGCUCAAUUUCAGUUUCCUCCGUGUCAUCCUCGCAGCAGCGCGCUCUUCGUCGGCGUGAGCACCAGUGCGAGACCACGCCUCUGGAGAGUGUACUGGAGUACCACGCCGACAGUGUGUCGUUUGUAGUGGAGAACAUGCUCGUCGUGCUGUUGCUGCACUUCGCGCACUACCUGGGCCACCCCGAAGCGGCAUCAAGCACGGGCGCCGUCCAGCACACACUCGGCAAAGUGCUUGCCAUCGUCAGUGACAUUGAGAGCAACCCAUUCAUCCACGCUAUCGCUAGAAGACUGCGCGAGUUGGCGUCCAGCAGUUAGUUGCCGAUCAAAAUCCAUUUUCGGGCCACAUCAGAGUCAACAUACAAACUUUUGACUUAUAUACACUAACCGCUUCCGAUGUAGGGACCAUCGUAAGCAUUUCCGCCCCCC